AUGGGUAUGGCUAAUCAAGAAGCGAUCAAGCAGUUUCAGUCUCUGAUGGACAAAGUGGAUGAGCCGCUGAAGAAUAGUUUCAAGAAUGUGCACCAGGGAUUUCUAACUGAAACUUUGACAAGAUUUCUUAAAGCACGAGAAUGGAAUGUUGCCAAGGCUCAUAAAAUGUUGGUUGAUUGUUUGCAGUGGAGGGUACAGAAUGAGAUUGACAACAUUUUGGCGAAACCAAUUGUUCCUACAGAAUUGUAUAGAUCAGUUCGGGACACUCAGCUUGUAGGAUUGUCAGGUUAUUCGAAGGAGGGUCUCCCGGUCAUUGCUGUUGGUGUGGGGCAGAGCACCUAUGACAAAGCUUCUGUACAUUACUAUGUGCAGUCCCACAUCCAAAUGAAUGAAUACCGGGAUCGUGUAGUAUUGCCUAACGCAACCAAGAAAUGGGGAAGGCGCAUUGGCACAUGUAUUAAGGUUUUGGAUAUGACUGGUCUAAAGCUUUCGGCACUAAAUCAGAUAAAGUUAUUAACUGCAAUAUCUACAAUUGAUGCCUUAAACUAUCCAGAGAAGACAGACACAUAUUACGUUGUCAAUGUCCCAUACAUAUUUUCUGCCUGUUGGAAGGUUGUGAAGCCUUUAUUACAAGAGAGGACAAAGAAAAAGAUUCAGGUGCUACAAGGUUCUGGGAAGGAAGAAUUGUUGAAGAUAAUGGAUGUUAACUCACUCCCUCACUUCUGUAAACAAAGGGGUUCUGGUUCUUCUCGUGUUGUUGCUGCUGCAAAUGGAACCACCACCACCACAAACUGCUACUCGUUAGAUCAUGCCUUCCACCAGCAGCUCUACAACUAUGUUAAGCAACAAGCUGAGCAGGAGGAAUCCUAUUCACGACUUCUCAAACAAGGCUCGGUCCAUGUAAAUUUCCCUGCGCCUGACCCCGAAGGUGCCAUGAUUGCGACGAGGAUAGAGUCCGAGCUCCACAAGCUAGGUGAUUCCAAUGGCUUCAACAACUCGUUCAGCAGACUCCAGGUGAAUGGCAUGUGA